AUGGUCCUCUCGCGCAUUCCGCAGCUCGCGGUCGCGAGCCUGAGCGAGUCCCAGGCGGUCCCCGACAUAGCGAAGGUGCGCCAGAUGCACCGGUGUCCCGUCACCUUGGGCCAGAUCCGCUCUUGCCGCUUGGAAUUCCCGACGAUCGCCGCCAGGUGCGCGGGCGCUGACUUCGCGUCGUGGAUGUCCGACCCGGCCCCGAUCGCGAAGAACGUCUUCGACGGCGUCGAGUCGGGCGAGAGCGAGCGCGUGCGCAGCGGCGGCGACAGCUGUGUUCCGCUGCCUGCCGAGCGGCCUCUCGACGACCCGAUCAGGCCCAUAUCGCGGAUGCCGGUGCGCUGA